GCGUUCACUACUUCACCACGAAAGUCUCCAGCAGGUCCUAUCAAGAGCGUCGAAGAGUCAGAACAGUCAUCAUGCGCUCAGAAACUGCAUCUCUGCGUCUCGACGAUUACAAGCGCUAUGGCAGACAGAUGAUCCUCAACGGGAUAGGCCUUCCAGGACAACUAAAGCUUCAGAAUGCGUCCGUAGUUGUGGUUGGCGCGGGAGGCCUGGGAUGUCCUGCUCUGCAGUAUCUCGCAGCAGCAGGCGUCGGCAGGCUGGGAAUCAUUGACCAUGAUGUCGUGGAGCUGUCCAAUCUACAACGGCAGAUACUACAUACCGAGGCUCGCGUUGGAAUGCAUAAAGCCCUCUCCGCUGCAGAAGCCAUCAAACACAUCAACUCCCGCGUCCAAGUCACCGCCAUCACCGCCGCCCUCACCGCUUCCAACGCGCUCUCCCUCCUCUCCGACUACGAUCUCAUCCUCGACUGCACCGACAACCUCCCCACGCGCUAUCUCCUCUCCGACACCGCCGUGCGCCUCGGCCGCCCGCUCAUCAGCGGCGCCGCCCAGCAAUUCGACGGCCAACUGUGCACGUACAACCGUGGCCCUGGCGAGGGCCCGUGCUUCCGCUGCCUGUUCCCGAAGCCGCCGGCUCCCGAGCUGGCGGGCUCGUGCGAGGAACUAGGCGUGCUCGGUGCGGUGACGGGUGUGAUUGGGAAUUUGCAGGCGCUGGAGGCGAUCAAGAUCAUCACGGGCCUGCAUGAUAGAAAGUCGACCAUGCUGAUAUACUCGGCGCUCAGCACGCCGCCAUUUCGCACCAUCAGGCUGCGCUCUCGACGGCCGACCUGUCCUGCGUGCGGAAACGAGCGCGAGAAGGUGGGCACGAUCGAAGAAAUGGACUACGCGAUGUUCUGCGGCGGGGAACGCCCAGAUUGGGUCAGCAGAGGCUUAAUACAAGACAGGUCGGGUAGUCGAAUACGUGCCAAGGAACUGAAAAAUAUACUUGACUCCGGCAAGAAGGUGCGAAUUGUGGAUGUCAGGCAGCCGACUGAGUUUGGGAUCUGCCACCUCCCGGGGUCGACCAACAUACCUAUCAAAGAACUCGUAGCCAACCCGUCCCUACAUAUCGGACAACCCGACUCUAGAACAACAUUGAACGGAGAUGGCUUGUCUGACGAACCGUCUGAGGACCUAUCAUCGGAGACGACGCCAAUGGAGACAUAUGUAAUCUGUCGCCUUGGGAACGACUCGAGGAUCGCUGUCGAUGCUCUGCGGAGCGCAGGCGCCACUGGGAUGGUGAAGGACUUGGUGGGCGGAUUGCGAGCAUGGGCGAUGGAGGUGGACGAGACAUUUCCGGUUUAUUAGGAAUAGCAAACAAAGGACAGUCCCGAGCAGUGUAGACUACAGCGAUGACGAGAUGCAGGUACGAUGUCUGUGUCCUCUACGGGAUGCGCACGGUCCUGAGGGGAAUCUAACGACACUCACCCACG